UGUACAGCCCACAGCCCGAUGCAGAAUACAUCAUCCACCCUCCUCCGGUCACCGGUACUGUGGUGGACCAUUCUCGAAGAUAUUUGGAAGUGAAAGUUAGCUGACUUUUCUGCUGUCGCAUUCAACACAGCACCCAACAUUAAUCGAUUUGACCACCCCAUCAAGAAUUCCGAUUGAGUCCCGAACCCAAAACCGCUAUUGGGGUUUGAUAUACAAUCUGGUGGGCGGACUCUAGCCCUUGGCCUCUAGAAUGAAGGUGUCUGGGUGGAUCUCGGCCGCAUUCUUUGCCUCGACCGUAAUAUCGAUAGAGACGCUACCAUUUUCUCCUCCACAAGCCGCAGAAGCAAACAAGAGAGCAUAUGAAAUCCUACGGAUAUUAAAGCGGGCUGACAACUGUCCGGCUGGGUACGACCCAUGCACCAACAUGGGUAAAUCCGACGUUUGCUGCAGACAAGGUUCCAUCUGUUCUCGCGACGCCGCCGACAAUAUCGCCUGUUGUCCGACUGGAGCAAAAUGUACAGGCAGUCUCACUGGAGAUCGCUCUCCUAGCUCGACCAGCUUUAGAUUCCCGGGAACCGCCACAGCUUCUCUGACCACUUCGGGGCCAAACGGCGCGACUAUUACUGGCUCGACAAUGCCAGGCGCUUAUCCGUUUGUCUACGUUCCGACAACGUUCCCUAACGCCGCUGUAUGCUCUUCUUACUACUCCUUGUGUCAAAGUGAGUAUACGGGCUGUCUCUCAAGCCUCGGAGGAGGCUACGCAGUCACCGUGGCAGGUGAAGGUGGAGGGGUAACCCGCGCUGGCGGCGGAGCAGCUGGGGCUAUUUCUACCUGUUCUAGCUUGAGCCUAGACGCCUGCCAUGGCCUCAAUCUGGGAUAUUGCGACACGCAUGCUACUGGCACCGGGGACAUGAACGGGGCUCCCCCAGGACGAACCUCUAGCCUGGAGGACCUCAUCUUUGGCAUGGUCAUUGGCGUGGCUGGUAUGUUUAUCUGAUCAACGUUGACGCUAUUACGUUUUCUUCAUGGUGGAUAUGCGAUACGAAAAUAAAUUUUUUUGUUCCUUUUUCUUCUAUAUGUUACAACAGAAUGAUCUCCUGGAAGUUGAACGAACGGGAUGACUUUCGCGCACAUACUGCAUGUAGGCCCCACUGCUACAUGAAUGAGCUGGUAUGCUUUGGUUUCAGGAGGGAUGACAGGGUGAUUCAAUGAUGUUAUGUUCGGGGGCUAUGCUAAGAUGUAAAUCUACUGUUCUUUGGCGUCUGUGUAUGUACAUAUCUACCUAGGAUUAGGGGACACAAGAUCCCAACUCGGAUAGUUCGAUGACCGGAAAGAAACCGGAUGAAGUCUUGUACCAGGUACUGAAACAUGUACAAAGGUACGGAGGAGCAGCCACCACACCGCUUCAGUGGAAUAAAUAGCACCCAUCACUUCAAGAUACGUCUAACGUACGCUCGGCGAGCGCUGAUUCCAUGCAUGUAAAACUAGGCCAGUAAAAAGGCUAGUCUGGACCAGUGUGGACGGCAUCAGAUAAACCUUCCAAGGGGGUGCGUUGUGCCUGAUUCAUCCGCUUUGUUGGCAAGACACUAAAGCGGGACGGGACAACACACAGGUACAGAUGGAGUCAUCUACUCUUCUAGCUCGUUACGAAAUGUUCCCGUCUGGAAUCC